GCACCUCGGUAGCCGCCACCGUGUGCGCUACACAACCGCCGGCGCUUCAGAGGAACACGAGGUCGACUUGAAUGAGAUGAACCACAGCCUGCAGCGCUUCGCAAGCCUACACGACUUCGAAGCGACCCGGAUCGCGUAUUGCAAGAAGGUGGUGGAGGACGGACGGUACAUUGAGGAUGCGAUCACAGGCAAUCGUGUGGACAUUUCUGAACAGAUUGUGCGGGUGCAAAUGGAGGUGCGACAGCAUCAAGAUGCGGACAGCAUAAGGCACAUGGCCUUCGACGACUUGGAAUGGAUCUCGGACACUGUCUUUCACCUCGGAGAUCGUGUAUGGGCGCAAGGCCGCGAGGGCAUCGUCGAGCACCUGCAGAAGCACGGCCGAUACGUCGUCAAGUACUCUGAUGGAACGUCGUCUCCAGCUUUGAACCUCAGCUGCAGGCAUUUCAAGAAAGCUCGAUGGAUCGAACAGCAGACAUUGGAGUUGAAGAGGCUGCACUGA